AUUUCUGUUCAGAGCAUUCUUAUUUUCUUUAAGGAAUAUAUCAUAUCAGUUACAAAUCUUUGUAGAAAAUUCAGCUGUAUUGGUUUGGAGAAGUUUAUGUGUCAGUUUUGUGUUUUUUUUGAGUCAAGAAAAAAGGAAAAACUCACUACUGUUAUGUUUAUAUGAGGGCAAAAAAAAAAAAAAAAGAGAGAAGGAAGUUGAUAAUACUUAGCAUGACGGUCUUUAAAAUUCAGCAUCUGAAUUUUUAAUUCCUCCCUCCUCUCCUUUUUUAAGAAACAGUACAGGAAAGAUGGUCUUAUUAUCCUUGUUCGCAUUUCACUGUUUUCACCCCACUCAACCAGGACGAAGUCUUUCCUCAAAGCAAGUGGGAACAAAACAUAAUCUCUUAAAAUAUUUUUAAGAGAACAUGCUGACUUGGUCUUUGUUAAAAAAAAAAAAAUCAACAAAAUGUGCUAACCACAAUAAAAAAAAAAGUUGUUAAAGGAGUCAAAGGGAUUAGCCCUCAUUGAAGGGCCUUAUGAGAACAGGCAGCCUUCCGGGGCGAAUCCUGGCUAACGUCAUUUUGGCGGACGUUUAUUGCGUGAUCGCCAUGUACCAGGCACCGUUUUAAGGCUUCAUGGUGAUGAGGGCAUUUAACCCUCGGGACCGCCCAUUCUGCAGGUGAGGCUGGGAAGAAGGUGAGGCCAAGGCCCUGGUCUCCCAGCGGCUGAGGGCGGCGCAGGAUUUGAAUCCCGGCGGUCUCUGGAGUCUGGGUUCUGAGAAAACCCGCUGUGUGAGUGCUGGGGGACCGCGUUAAGCCCUCCGCUAGAAGCGGUGAAGCAGCUUUGGGCCAACUCAGUUCCGAGCGCCAGUGUAGACGCGUGGCUUCAGGUUGUCCAGUAAGCCGGUCGGGGUGUGGCUCUGAUCCUAAUCUCAUCUCCGGUCUUCCCCAGUCUCAGGGCCCCGUGGGAGGGUGUGGUUGAGGAGGACACACCUACCUGGAGCUCGUCGGUUUCACCUCCCUCUCUGCGGUGGGGUCGUCCGCACCUUCCCUCUGUUUCUUCCUAGGCCUGGCUCGACCUCCACUUUGGAGAAGAUGCCCCAGGAACACUGAAGGGCAGGUCGUCUUCCACCUUCUAUGAGGAUUGCCCAACUUAAGUAUUGUUCAGAGCCAGGUAGACUGAAGUCCUGUCCUAGCGAGUUAUCAGGUUCCAGACCCUGCCUUCUCUUCUGAAAGGGUUUGGAAAUCCCUUGUCUCCAGGUUGCUGGGAUUGACUUCUUGCUCAAUUGAAACACUCAUUCAAUGGAGACAAAGAGAACUAAUGCUUUGUGCUGAUUCAUAUUUGAAUCAAAGCAUUCGGGAGUCUGUAUGCCUUGUUUGUGGAAAGAACCAGUGAUACCACCACUGAGCUUCCUAAAAGUUCCGAAGAAGUUAGAGGACUAUACACUUUUCUUCUGAACUUUUCUAAUAAAUAUUUGUUCUGGUUUUUGAAGCCCAGGGCUGUUAGAGGGGUGAGUGACAAGUCUUACAAGUGGCCUUAUUCCAACUCCAGAAAUUCCCCAAGGGAACUUUGAGAUUAUAUGCAAUCGAAAGUGACAGGAAACAUGCCAACUCAAUCCCUCUUGAUGUACAUGGAUGGGCCAGAAGUGAUUGGCAGCUCUCUUGGCAGUCAGAUGGAGAUGGAGGACGCCAUGUCAAUGAAAGGGACCGCUGUUGUUCCAUUCCGAGCUACGCAAGAAAAAAAUGUCAUCCAAAUAGAGGGGUAUAUGCCCUUGGAUUGCAUGUUCUGCAGCCAGACCUUCACACAUUCAGAAGACCUUAAUAAACAUGUCUUAAUGCAACACCGGCCUACCCUUUGUGAACCAGCAGUUCUUCGGGUUGAAGCGGAGUAUCUUAGUCCGCUUGAUAAAAGUCAAGUACGAACAGAACCUCCCAAGGAAAAGAAUUGCAAGGAAAAUGAAGACUUUAGCUGUGAGGUAUGCGGGCAGACAUUCAGAGUCGCUUUUGAUGUUGAGAUCCACAUGCGGACACACAAAGAUUCUUUCACUUACGGGUGUAACAUGUGCGGAAGAAGAUUCAAGGAGCCUUGGUUUCUUAAAAAUCACAUGCGGACACAUAAUGGCAAAUCGGGGGCCAGGAGCAAACUGCAGCAAGGCUUGGAGAGUCCGGCAACGAUCAACGAGGUCGUCCAGGUGCACGCGGCUGAGAGCAUCCCCUCUCCUUACAAAAUCUGCAUGGUUUGUGGCUUCCUAUUUACAAAUAAAGAAAAUCUAAUUGAGCACAGCAAGGUGCACACCAAAAAAACCGCUCUCGGUACCAGCAGCGCGCAGACAGACUCGCCACAAGAGGGAACGCCGUCCUCCAGGGAAGACUUCCUGCGGUUGUUCAACUUGAGACCAAAAUCUCACACUGAAACGGGGAAGAAGCUUGUCAAAUGCAUACCUCAGCUCGAUCCGUUCACCACCUUCCAGGCUUGGCAGCUGGCUACCAAAGGAAAAGUUGCAAUUUGCCAAGAAGAAGUGAAGGAAUCGGGACAAGAAGGGAGCACCGACAACGAUGAUUCGAGUUCCGAGAAGGAGGUUGGAGAAAAUAAGGGCAGUUGUACAGGCCUCUCGCAAGAGAAAGAGAAGUGCCGACCCUCCAACGGCGACGCGCCCUCCGUGGACGCGGAUCCCAAGUUACCCAGCAGCAAGGAGAAGCCCACGCACUGCUCCGAGUGCGGCAAAGCUUUCAGAACCUACCACCAGCUGGUCUUGCACUCGAGGGUCCACAAGAAGGACCGGAGGGCUGGCGCGGAGUCGCCCACCAUGUCUGUGGACGGGAGGCAGCCGGGGACAUGCUCUCCUGACCUCGCCACCCCUCUGGAUGAAAAUGGAGCCGUGGAUCGAGGGGAAGGUGGUUCUGAAGAUGGAUCUGAGGAUGGGCUUCCCGAAGGAAUCCAGCUGGAUAAAAAUGAUGAUGGAGGAAAAAUAAAGCAUCUUACAUCUUCAAGAGAGUGUAGUUAUUGUGGAAAGUUUUUCCGUUCAAAUUAUUACCUCAAUAUUCAUCUCAGAACGCAUACAGGUGAAAAACCAUACAAAUGUGAAUUUUGUGAAUAUGCUGCAGCCCAGAAGACAUCUCUGAGGUAUCACUUGGAGAGACAUCACAAGGAGAAACAAACCGAUGUUGCUGCUGAAGUCAAGAACGAUGGUAAAAAUCAGGACACUGAAGAUGCACUAUUAACCGCGGACAGUGCGCAAACCAAAAAUUUGAAAAGAUUUUUUGAUGGUGCCAAAGAUGUUACAGGCAGUCCACCUGCAAAGCAGCUUAAGGAGAUGCCUUCUGUUUUUCAGAAUGUUCUGGGCAGCGCUGAGCUCUCACCAGCACACAAAGAUACUCAGGAUUUCCAUAAAAAUGCAGCUGAUGACAGUGCUGAUAAAGUGAAUAAAAACCCUACCCCUGCUUACCUGGACCUGUUAAAAAAGAGAUCAGCAGUUGAAACUCAGGCAAAUAACCUCAUCUACAGAACCACGGCGGAUGUUUCUCCUCCUCCGGACGGCAGUACCACCCAUAUCCUUGAAGUUAACCCCAAAGAGAAGCAAACGGAGACCGCAGCUGACUGCAGAUACAGGCCCAGUGUGGAUUGUCAUGAAAAACCUUUAAAUUUAUCCCUGGGGGCUCUUCACAAUUGCCCGGCAAUUUCUUUGAGCAAAAGUUUAAUUCCAAGUAUCACCUGUCCAUUUUGUACCUUCAAGACAUUUUAUCCAGAAGUUUUAAUGAUGCACCAGAGACUGGAGCAUAAAUACAAUCCUGAUGUUCAUAAAAACUGUCGAAACAAGCCCUCGCUUAGAAGUCGACGUACCGGGUGCCCGCCAGCGUUGCUGGGAAAAGAUGUGCCUCCCCUCUCUAGUUUCUGUAAACCCAAGCCGAAGUCUGCUUUCCCAGCGCAGUCCAAAUCCCUGCCAUCUGCGAAGGGGAAGCAGAGCCCUCCUGGGCCAGGCAAGGCCCCUCUGACUUCAGGGAUAGACUCUAGCACUUUAGCCCCAAGUAACCUGAAGUCCCACAGACCACAGCAGAAUGUGGGGGUCCAAGGGGCCGCCACCAGGCAACAGCAGUCUGAGAUGUUUCCUAAAACCAGUGUUUCCCCUGCACCGGAUAAGACAAAAAGACCUGAGACAAAAUUGAAACCUCUCCCAGUAGCUCCUUCUCAGCCCACCCUCGGCAGCAGUAACAUCAAUGGUUCCAUCGACUACCCUCCCAAGAACGACAGCCCGUGGGCACCUCCAGGAAGAGACUAUUUCUGUAAUCGGAGUGCCAGCACCACUGCAGCAGAAUUUGGUGAACCCCUUCCAAAAAGACUGAAGUCCACCGUGGUUGCCCUUGAUGUUGACCAGCCUGGGGCCAAUUACAGAAGAGGCUAUGACCUUCCCAAGUACCACGUGGUCAGAGGCAUCACCUCACUGUUACCGCAGGACUGCGUGUAUCCCUCGCCAGCGCUGCCUCCCAAACCGAGGUUCCUGAGCUCCAGUGAGGUCGAGUCUCCAAAUGUGCUGACGGUUCAGAAGCCCUACGGUGGCUCCGGGCCGCUUUACACUUGUGUGCCUGCUAGUAGUCCAGCGUCCAGCUCGACGUUAGAAGGAAAAAGGCCUGUGUCAUAUCAACACUUAUCUAACAGCAUGGUACAAAAGAGAAACUAUGAGAAUUUUGUUGGGAAUGCACAUUAUCGACCAAAUGACAAAAAAACUUGAUUCAUUAAUUUGGGGGAAAAAAGGUCUUGGUGGAUGUCAGUGCUUACUCUCCAUGAAAUUAAAUUUUACUUCAUCCUUUGAGAAGCGAAUGGUGAAAGCUACUGAAAUAAGCUGUGAUUGUACUGUACAUAAAACAUAUAAGGAAUCGGCAAGGAACACUACAGUUUUGUAAAGUUGUUCUGUUAACUUUUGUACCAAAUAGCAAUAAAAACUAGUUGGAACAGUUGGAACCUACAUACAUGGGGACUGGAAAUCUCUAUUUUGUCCCUGAAUAAUAUUUUUUUUAGAAUCGACCAAAUAAGAAGUGGAAUUUUUGCAUACUUGAGCGCUGCUGAAAAGAAAUCAUUUGGGUGGGUUGGGGUGGGAUGGGGGAAAAGUAUAUAAUGCUUGCACCUCAGGUAAAAAUCUGUAAAUAUCUUAAGUUGUAAACCUGCUUGUUUAAAUACUGUGUGUAUUCCUUUUCUCUAAUACAGCUCAUCACUUGGAGCAGUUUCUGCUAUUGUGCUCUUUCAUUUAAAAUGUAUUUUUUUUUUAAACUGUCAAUGAUUUUGUAUUAUGUUGAAUCCUCCGAAAUCUAUUGUUGUCUUAAAAUUGUUAAUGGAAGUAUUGACCCUCUAUGAUACACGUGCUGCAGAUAUUGAGUCAGCCAUUUGGAAGUUGGCAGCAUUUUAUUGCAACUUUCAGCAUCUCAGCUGGGGAAGACACCUUCUUCCUCGCCUCUCCAGAUUGUCCUGGAACCUCCAGAAUCCUUGACUGAGGGGCUUGGGAUGGCUUGUAGGAUUUUUAAGAGUGUGUCUGCAGAGAAGCAUUUUCCCUGUAGGGCAGCCACACAUUGUGUAAACAUAAGAAACUGUAUGUGCAGUUAUUUAUAUUUGUUUCUAUCAAAUUAAUCACUUUCGUUGGAAGAUUCAGUUGGGGGGGGCUGCCUAAAUUAGUAUAUAAAAACAAAAAUGGUAAAUUAUACCUGUGAAUUGCAGAUAUUGGGGAACAGUUUUAAGGGAAAUUCUUGGGGAAACAUUUUAGGUUUGUAUUUGGUAGUCUUAAUGUAUCUGGCAUUUGGGUGAACUGUGGACAUACUAGAGUUGAUUAUAGACACAUUGAUUCUGAAUAAGGAACUGCUGGCCGAGCCUCCUGGGAGUCUAGAAAGAGAAAAUCUGUUUCUAGACCUCAGUUAUCUUCCCAUUUUUGGUUGUUAUGAGGCAGUAGCAUUUUUCUCAGUGCACAUGCAAUUUGGGUUUUAGAGAAGAUGGCCACCAGCUGGCUUCCUAGAUAUUUUAAACUUUUGUUCUUUAAUGUGCUGUCCAUGAUUAUUAGUACAUGGGCGUAGUGACCACAAAAUAUUUUAUUAAGAAACUUUUUCAAAAAUAAAUUUGCACUGUUCAUUUUUCUGGCCUCGCUGUUCUCCAUAGAGCAAGGGUAAAGUCCUUGAAGAUUUUUUUUUCUUUUUAAAUUAUGCAACGUAAGAUGUCCUCCUUGAUAGAAGUCUUAGCUCCUGUGUGACAAGGGAGAAGUAAUUUGAGAUCAGUCUGCUGGCAUUGCAAUGAAGUGCUUUGUAUCAGGAAAGUGUACACUAUUGACCUUUUUUCCUGUUCACAAGCUGAGCCAUAUGUACAUAAUCUAGAUUUUGUUUUCAUAGUUUUGCACUUUUAUAGCCUAUUUUUGAAGAUUAACACAUUUGCAAGAUGAUUGACUCAAUCUUUGCCUAAUCCAAUGAGUGUUACAGAGAGCUUGCUGUGACUAGAACCAUAAAUCUUAAAAGGGGGUAUGUGAUAAUAGAGGGCUGGAAUUUAAACCUGUAUUUAAAAAAAAGAAAUCACCAAAUCUAUUUGAAAACAAGUCAAUUUGUGUUAUGCUGGAAUUUUGGGGGCUUUCAGAUUUCUCUCUCUAACCACAUUUCUGAAUGUAUGAAAAUACCAAUUAUUUUCCUACAGCCCUUUGUACUUCAAAAUAUGUUUUUGUGUCCAUCAGUAUUAACUAUUGGUAUACUACUGGUUUUAUAUGUUUUUUUUUUCUUUGAGACAACAGUACAUAUAAUAGAGGUACAAUUCGUUGGAUUUUGUUUAUGUAUUUAUUUCAUUCCAGUUUGAUUUAUUUUAAUUGUUGAUACUUAAGUUGUCAAACAGUAGACAUUACUUGUUUUAUUUAUGAUAUAUUUCAGCUUAAAGUUAUGUUAUUAUAUGUGGAAGUGUAAAUAUAGAUUUGGUGUUUUGCAA